UCUAGGAGCAGCACCACCACUGUCUGUCGCUUGAAGAGAAAAACUCUGGGUUGUGUCUUCAAAAAUGACUCUCUUAACAACAAGACCAAAUGUGUGAGUUGUCACUUGGAGUACGUGAGGAGUGCUCAAAAGAACAGGAACCUUCAGCGAUUUGAUCGGCUGUACCUUCUUUCGAACCCCCAGAGACACCAGCCAGCUAACAAUGACACACUGUCUGUGGUCAGAGCCGCUGUCAGCCCAGCAGCUGAAGCGGCUUGAAGAACACAAGUACAGUGCUUCUGGUCGGUCCUUAUUCGAACCGCCUUGUCAGAUUUACUGGAAUUGGUUGGUACAACAAAUCCCUACCUGGGUCGCACCCAACACCCUGACUAUUACUGGAUUGGUUGUUAAUAUUUUCACUACGGUUAUUCUGGUUUACUAUUGUCCUUCGGCAACAGAGGAGGCUCCAUCUUGGGCGUUCAUCCUCAGUGCAUUGGGUCUGUUCAUCUACCAGUCCCUGGACGCCAUUGACGGGAAGCAAGCGCGGCGAACCAACAGCAGCUCUGCUCUUGGGGAGCUCUUUGAUCAUGGCUGCGACGCUGUCUCCACAGUGUUUGUUGCUGUGGGAACAUGCAUUUGCUGUGGGAUGGGGGCGUACCCUAACUGGAUGUUCUUCUGCGGCUUUGUGGGCAUGUUCAUGUUCUUCUGUGCGCACUGGCAGACUUACGUUUCCGGCACACUUCGCUUUGGCCUGGUGGAUGUUACGGAGGUCCAGUUCGCCAUCAUUAUCAUGUAUCUGAUGACAGCCUUCGGUGGAGUGGGUCUGUGGGAUAGCAGGCUGCCUGUCUUGGGAAUAAAACUGCACAUUUUCCCCAUCAUGGGUAUCAUUGGAGGUGCCCUCUUCUCCUGCUCAAACUACUUCCAGGUCAUCAUGAAUGGUGGAGUUGGCAAGAAUGGCUCCACUGUGGCAGAUACCAGUGUGCUGUCACCAGGGAUGCACGUUGUUCUCAUACUCACUUUGGCCUUCAUCAUUUUCAAGAAAUCUUCCAGCCAGCUAUUUGAGCUCCACCCUUGCCUCUACAUCCUUACCUUUGGAUUGGUCAUGGCUAAGAUCUCCAACAAGCUUGUUGUUGCCCAUAUGACCAAGAGCGAACUUCAUCUUCCGGACACAGCCUUCAUUGGUCCCGGACUCCUCUUCCUAAACCAAUAUUUCAACAGUUUCAUUAAUGAGUACUUUGUCCUUUGCACAGCUCUGCUUCUCUCCUUGGUGGAUCUGACAAGGUACUGUACGGGCGUGUGUAUUCAAAUCGCUGCCCACUUGAAGAUCAGUGUGUUCAGCAUCACCCCGCAGGUCUGCAAGAACCAGGACUGACGGUCCGCCCAGGAAGAGGCUGGGGUGAGCGAAGAUGCCACCCCACUGCUUACAGCAGAUCUGGAGGACCCCUCAAACCAAAAACUAAUCAGCCUUGACACCAUAACUACCUACAAUUAGACCGGACCAUUCACAUCUAACCGAGCUAAUGAAUGAUGCAUGCCUUACAGUUCACUGGACUGAGAUAUACUGGACUGGAAAUAAUCAUGGAAAUACCUUGUGUGCUGGAGUUUCUUUUUCUUGCUCUAAAUAGACAUUGUGUUCACUUCCAAUAACUGUUUGAGUGAAUGAAUCUCAUUACAAACCAGCACAAUUGGUGCCUUGUUGAUUAAUGGAUCUUAAACAAUAUGAGCUGUACUCCACCAUGUACAGUGGGUACAUGAGCAGAAAUCCAGUGACUCCAUUUACAUAUCGUGGACGAGCUGUGUCCAUGCUGGUGACAUCAAUUCACUAUCUGAAAUACUGACUCAUAGACAGGAAACUUUUUUGCAGAUGGACAUGCAAAAAAUCCUGCCUAAUACAACAGGUUUUCUGUCAUUAUUUCCAGUUUAUUUAACCCAAAAACCAAUUUUGUUUGAUUUAGAAAAAUUAUUACAGGACUGCUGUCGUCCUUUUGGGCAAAUGUUUAAAUAAUGCUAACUUAUUUACAUCUGAUCCAGACAUUUCGUAAUCCAUGCACUAGACACAGGUGAGAAGAACCCUUGCGUAUUUACGUGUGAGCUGCAAAUGAUGCUAAUAUUUAAGGCUUGCCCACACCUCUUACGGGGCUGGGUGGCUGAAACAAGAAAUCUGUGGUGUGACAAGGAAUGACGGGACUCUCAACACCUGCAAUGGAAUGCCUCCCUCCUGUCAAUUUCUACAUAUUGUUGAACAUCAGUUAAACCUUGAAUUAGGAGUGGACAUCGACAAUAAUGCUAUCCAUCUUGCUAUGUUAUCAAAUGAGCUAGUGCCUGUUUCUAUCCUUAUUUGAGUGUUGCUGGAUCAAUAGAACAAGUGACUUCAGUUCCUUAAAGUACAGUUGGAGGUGCUAUAGGCCUUUCCUUUGGACUGACGUGCAUUGCUUACAAAUUGAGAAAUGUAAUACUAUGUGAUCACAAUUGGGAAGUUAAGAUCAUUUGACAUUUGCCCCAAAGGUCUAUAGCAGCACCGAUGACUGUAUACAUUACUUGUACAGUAUACAGUCAUCUCAUCUAAAUUAACAUUUUAAUUACUUGGUUGGUUCAGGAACUGUUAAAAGUGCAACGAGAACAAAUGCUUAUAACCUCAAUUCUUUCCAAUGAAAAUGAUAUGGAAUGGUAAAAUUUAAAUGUGGAAUGGUAAAUUCUGGAUUAUCUGUCAAGAGCUGCAGGUUUACAGGGGACCAGGUCUCAGUGUUAAUGCGGCCACCAGUGACAACCAAUUACUACAAACCCUUCCAAGCCUGUACCUCUACCCACACUUCACUACAACAUUGACCUCCAAAAUGAAUGCCUCCACCUGCAAACCCCCCUGGUUCUCUGCUGCAUGUGUGGACAAUCUCUAGCCUUGACUGAAGGAAAAAUUCACCGCACCAUAGUGUUACUCAUGCUCACUGUGGUUGUGAUUUAUUCAAAAUAUUGCUUGAUUCAUUACCAUAAUUGUAAAGUAACCUUUUUGUAAUGGUCAUGUCCACCAAAGCAAGUCCUCCGAUUUUGGCAUUAUAAUUAAAUUCCAAGCAAGCAGUUGACCAAAUUCUCAUAAACAUCACAAUAUGCUUGGGAGCUCAAGACCUGAGUUUAAAAGCCAGUGACAUCUGUUUGAUUGACAGGGACCGGUCAAUUGAGCAGACGGUGUGAUUGACAGAACAUUUACAAACAUAUACUGAUGUAUACUGAUGUGAAUAAGGCUCUUCUUGCCCACGUCAGGUGAGAACACCCACCGGAUGACAUGCUCUGGGUGUCUGACUUGUCAUCUUGGGAGGGGGUUGUCGUUCCAACCACAAUUGCAAUCCCAGAAUUUUUGCAAGCUAUAUAUUUUUCUCAAGUGCUUUUCAUGUUAUAUUUCAGAGGGAUUAAUUACCCUCGUUUACCUCAUUAUGUCAGAAAUAGCUAUGCAUGCCAUGAAGUAUGGUGGUCCUAUGUUACCAGUGUGAUUGUUGUGCUAUAUUGCAAACAACUACAUAAAAAUAAGUAACAAAUAUGUUAAACUGAUCAUUUUAAAUUAAAUUCAGCACUGAGGGGAAUCAAAUAGGCUCCUAAUCGGGUUGUAAGACGUGUUUAACUAAAAAAUGUUUUGCCUUAAGCUUAACACAAUGCAGGUUUGCCUUCUUAUCAUUUGCGUUGUCUUUGAAUUCAUUAUCAACCAAAUUGUUAGUUCUAGUUUCUAGUGGCACUUUCACUUAUUACGAGCCUAUUGAUUCACAUCAUUCCCUUAACUUGAUCAGUUUAAUAAACCUGUUUUUAUGUAGCCCAAGUUAGUUGUUUGUAAUAUAGUACAAUAACUGCUAUACGUCAUGGCAUGAAUAGCUAUUUCUGAAAUGAUGUGGCUUUAAGAACGUAAAUAAUCUCGCAAAACACAUUCUGGGAUUGUAAUUAUGGCAUACCCCGGCAUACACAGGAAUCCUCCAGGACCAACCUUGAGCAAUCGAAUUUGGGUAAUUUUCGGGUGAAUUUUUCCUUUAAAACAUCUCUACACAUGUAGGAGAGGACCUUGUGCGCAGGCAUGAUUUCACUGGUCAUUGCCACUGGGUGGUGAUGCAUUUACACUGAGAUGCCAGCUGCUUUACAUAGUCUCUUCCUCAAGGGCUAAUAUAAUGUGUGAUUGAAUUUAAUUAUGUUGAUAGCCUUAAAUUUUGAAUGUGAAUUUUCUUUUUUCUUUUCUCAGUUUAUAUGUGAAUCUGGAUGUAUGCAAGCAAAGAGCAGGUUGCCUGGUAGCACUCUUUUCAUUAACAUUUUCUGUUCUUAGUUGUUCUUUAUGCAACAGAAUUUAUACGAAUACCAUACAAUGAUUAAGAAAUGUAUGUAUUUAUAACACUAAAAACUGGACAUUUCACUAUUCUGACAUUGUGCUCACUCAAAACACACGCACACACACACACAUACACACUUUUAUAUACAAAGUAUUUGUAUAUACAUGGGUACUUGAAACUCAAUGCUUUAUGAUGAUUGAUGUAUAAUUGUGAGUUCAUGAUUAGGUGAGUAGAGGACCACUAUGUGACUAGUGCCUACAGGACAAGUAGUUCUUAAACAGGGUACAGAUCCCUUUUAAGGUCUACCUUUGUCUUAACAGAGUAGGAGAGACAAAGGGAUUUUGCUCAUUAAAAACAGAUUUUGGCGGUGAUUUCAGGAAAAAAGGCAAAUGUUCAAUUUUUUAUUAAAUAAUUUAUUUUUAAUGACAAAUGCUCUACUGUUUUUUAAUCAACUGGGCUGAGUGAGCAAAACAUUGUCGCUGCAUAUAUUUAAAAAGCAGCAGUUCUUUUUUUGGUUUGAUGUAAUGUGACAUCACCAGAUUUGGCACUGCCACAUGCUCUGUAAAGAAAAAAAACAAAACUCUGCUAUUUCAACUGCAUUAUAGAAACAUUUUAACAGGUUACAAGGUUUUCAAACUUGGAAUGAAAGUGGUGCAUUAAAACGGUGCACAAAUGCAUUUUGCCUUUGCAUUUUCUGCGUCAAUAUAAUGUGUUUGCGACAUUAUACUAACACGGUAAUAUGAGUGAAAAGCAAUAAAAUUAUUUUCCAUUUACAAA